GAUCAUGGUCUUUGGCACGCCAGUGCUCAUGAUGUGCCUAGCAAGGCCGUUCCCACAGGAGGUCCUGGCAGCCUUGACCCUGCUGACCUCUGCCUUCGUCUACUCCAACACGCUGUACAUGUUCAUCUUUGCCGGCCUUGGACUGAAGAGAAUGCUGGCGCAGGCAAAGCUUGAUCCGGCCAGCAUCUGUGAGGCCAACGCCCUGGACUUGCCGGUAACACCCAGCUCCAAGUACCUUCAGCAAAGGCAGACCAUGGACCCCAAAGCUGUGAAGCAUUGGGUCAUCCUGCCUCAGUACAAAGAGGACAUCGAAACUGUUGCGAUGGCGAUGCGAUCUGCGGCCGGUAGCUCCAUGGCGAAGUCGAACAUCAGCAUCUUGCUGGCCAUGGAAGAACGAGAGAUAGGAGCAGAAGAUAAAGUGAAGCAGCUCACCGAGCUCUUCAAGGAUCAGUUUGAAGACAUCCAGGCGAACUACCACCCAAAGGACCUCCCCAACGACCCUCCGGGCAAGGCGAGCAACGUCAGUCAUGCCUUCCGCUACCUGAUCAGCAAGGUGGAUUCCUACGAGAACACAAUUCUGACGGUGGCAGAUGCGGACUCGGAGUUCGGUCAAGGCUACUUCGAGACACUGUCCUGGAACUUCGCGGAGUGUGAUCCGACAGAGCGGUACACGAAAAUUUGGCAAUCGCCGGUGUUCCACAU